UGAAGGAUAUUUCAAGUAGAAGAGCUGACGUAUUGUUUCACAUUUGAAUUUCUCUUACAUUCUACGUUCCCGAAAUGGAUCCUAUCAAAUAUUUCACAUUUUCUAUGAUUAUCUCUAUUUCAGGUAUUCGGGGAAUUCUCCUUAAUAGACGAAAUAUUCCUAUUAUGUCAAUGCCAAUUGAAUCAAUGUUAUUAGCUGUGAAUUCGAACUUUUUGGUAUUUUCUGUUUCUUCGGAUGAUAUGAUGGGUCAAUCAUUUGCUUCAUUGGUUCCAACGGUGGCAGCUGCGGAAUCUGCUAUUGGGUUAGCUAUUUUCGUUAUUACUUUCCGAGUCCGAGGGACUAUUGCUGUAGAAUCUAUUAAUAGCAUUCAAGGGUCAGGGCCUUUCUCGCUGGGCGAAUUGAGUUCCACGAAUAUGCAGGCUAGAAAGAUGCUAUUUGCUGCUAUUCUAUCUAUUUGUGCAUCAAGUUCGAAGAAGAUCUCAAUUUAUAAUGAAGAAAUGAUAGUAGCUCUAUGUUUUAUAGGCUUUAUCAUAUUCAGUCGGAAGAGUUUAGGUAAUACUUUCAAAGUGACUCUCGACGGGAGAAUCCAGGCUAUUCAGGAAGAAUCGCAGCAAUUCCCCAAUCCUAACGAAGUAGUUCCUCCGGAAUCCAAUGAACAACAACGAUUACUUAGGAUCAGCUUGCGAAUUUGUGGCACCGUAGUAGAAUCAUUACCAAUGGCACGCUGUGCGCCUAAGUGCGAAAAGACAGUGCAAGCUUUGUUAUGCCGAAACCUAAAUGUUAAGUCAGCAACACUUCCAAAUGCCACUUCUUCCCGUCGCAUCCGUCUUCAGGACGAUAUAGCCAUAAAGAUGCACGUCUUAGUGGGGAAAAGAUUUUGCCCCCGGUGUAGCUCGAAAGCAGAAAGAGUAGAAUUCAUUCGAGAGAGCUUGGUGGUCUUAAGAAUGGUUCGGGUGGGGGAUUCUCUUAAGAAUAAAGAAUUCGAAUAGAAUCUAAUUCAUGUUCAUGUUAACAGAAGAGCGGAUCCAAUACCAAGACGCUUGAGAGAAAGGGCUAGCCUUGUAUAUACGCUAUUUCUGUUUAUGUCAGAGGUGCCCAAAGCUAGAAGCAAGAUUUAUAGUAGAAUAUUCAAAGCUUUUGAGUAAGUAAGAUGGAUGGAUUUGGAAGCAAGUGAAAGAACUAGUUGCAUAGAUAUAGAUAUAGAGAAAGUCCUUUCUCUGAAGACGGUGAUAUUAGGGUUUUGAGAUCGGUUCUGACGUCGAACAGGUUUUCGACCCGAAAAGCUCCACAGAGCUGUCGUAUGCGGGUACUACGAGGCCCACGACUUUCUUGAUCGCCUCAUUCGGGUUAAGAUGUGGCUAAAGUCUCUCCGAGGGUAGCGUAUAUUACGCUCGAGGUCUCUCGAGCCUCCUGUUGUACCAAUGUCUCCGUUUUAGGGUUUAAGGAAUAAGGUAAUGAAAUUCCGGUAUGGACUUUUGUUGUUGUUACGACAGGCGGAGAGCAGUGCCCUAUUGGUCUAAUUCCUGCUUCCCCUUGGUAUCGGUAAAGGGGCUGGUAAGCGCUUCCCGAAUAGAUUCCUUUCUCUUCCCCGGACACCGAACAAAGGGAACCCUGGCUUCACUUGUCGUAGUAAGACCCCCCCUCUAUAAGCUUUCCCUAUCGCUCUGAUGAACCUCUUUCCGCCUGUUCUCUAGAGUUCAAGAACAGAUUCUUGCCUAUCCCUUAUUUGUCCAUUAAGUCCGUUUUCCGCUAAAGGCAGCAUUAAAAGCACCUAUAUUGUAAUACGUAAGAGGAAGGACGACUAAGCAACUAUGCUACUAUUGGCACCCCAAACUAAAAACUACAACUGGAAAUCCAACUUUAGGUGGUCAUUAUGAUCAGAAACUCACUCUCUGGAGAAUUUUAUUGACCUCGCAUAUAACAUGGGGAAUCUGGUUAGCACCCAUAUUUAAGAAUAAAAGAACAAAGACUUGACUGGACGGUAUUCACGAGCAGAUGACAAGCAUGAGUGAAGAAGGGUCUUAUGUUACCAUUUUUGGUGGUAAAGAAGAUGUUCUUGUUCUUCCAUUCCCCAAACCCACUUCAGCUUUCAAGAUUGGGUUGGUGUUCCGAUAGGCGAGAGGUGUGAAGCCAGAUCGUACUAAAGACAAUGAAAAAAUUUGGAAAAUGAUAGAUUUCAAAAAAAUAAGUAAAAGCAGAAUGAAAGACAGUCCUAUAUUGACAAGGACGAGCUUUUUCACGAAGAAAGCUUCGCGCCCAACUGCUUGUAUAUCGAUCGGAAAGAAGCAGCUGCAAAUGCUAUCAGUGGUUCUUCCUUCCUAUCCCAUCUAUCUAUAAGAGUUGCUUGAUUCGCCCCCAUCUUUAAUAGGACUGGACUAAGUUCGGGCAGAUCUCCGUCCCAUUUCACGGAUGCAUCGCAUUGAGAAUUGACUCGUCGGAUUAACCACUUAGACGGAGAGUCCCCCGUAUUCCAUUUCAUUGGCAACUGAAAUAGAUCUAAACGGAUUGCGCGGUACCCCGGACCGAAGAAAUUUCAAAAUGAAUUGAAAAGAAUAUCAAUAUAAGGCCCAGAUGUAACCUGUGCGGAGCAAGCCUACACUGGCCUGCAACUGCUUUCUCAUUGGCUCCAUUAGGGUUCGUAGUCUCAUCCUGAAAAGGUUUUUUUCUUUCUCCGGAUAUACUCUCAACUUUCCCUGCUAUCCUAUCAACAGGUCAGUCAAUAUCAGUAGUGGAGGAAGAAGAGUAGUACCCUUUUUUCAGUUAGUCUUAAUAGUUUAAUAAUUCAACUAGUGGUCUUCUUGCCUAAAAAAAGGAGUCAGCCCAACAUGGGCAAUGAUAGACAGACCAAAGAUUUACGCAGUCCUUGUGUGCUUGCUUUGUGCACCGGCACAGCAGAAUUCGAAGCUGCUCGGCGUACUAGCCCUAUAACGGAGUCAGACCCAACCACACUCUCUUAGUAUAAAGCGGAGCAGGACCGUUGGCCUGAUCUGACUCCCCACCCAACCGCCCUGGCGUAUGUUUCCGAAUCAACUGCAUCGUAAGCUGCUAUAGCUCUUGCCAACUACCCUGGAAAUGAAAAAGAAACUCUAUCCUCAACCCUUCCAAUCCUUAGUUCAUGGUGGCAACUUCACCCCGUGCAUCCUUUGGUUGUGAGCCCCGCCUAGAGGGAGGCGCUAAGGGAAGGGCGUAGCGUUAAAUCUGCCUCGCCUUUCAGAGGUUUGGAACCCUUCUGUUGAGCACCAAUUAGAAAUCCAAUCUGACUUCUAAAACGGAAGUGAGCACAGGUGAGAGGACCCCACUUUCCCGCAUCCCUCUCCCCACGAGCAGAACACCAGAGAUGCACAGCACGUGGGCCUUGUCUAACGAACGACGACUUUCGAUUCUUCACUUCAAGGAGUAGAGUCGCUGCCCAACCCUACCUAUAUAAAAGAAAAAGAAUCGAUCACUAGGUCCCGAGCAAUUCUACCUUCUUUCCAUUAUCCAACGCUCAUGCGUCCCCUUUCUCCCACUCUUUUAAAGCUUUCAAUAAAGCCUUCUUAGCUGUGGAAGCAGCAACCGGUCUGUUGGAAAGUUCCUGCAUAAGUUGUCGGAUCCUCAAAAAAAAGCUUUUCUGGGGACGCGCUGUUCAAGUCGAGUUUCCUUAUUGUCCCUUCCAAGACAUCCCUUCUAACUUCCCUAUUUCCAAAGGAAGAAAGAAAGGUCGAAAGCUCUCUUUCGAGAGCCUCUUUUGUUGGGCUCGGCGGCCCCAAUCGCAAGGCUAGAUCCAGAUCCCCCAUAGCCUGUUCAGCAUGAGGAAUGGCUGGCGGAGCAUCAGGAUUUCCUUGAUCCAUUCUCAAGAUCUCAGGCCCCCCUACCAACUCGCUCCCGGUGACAUUAGGCACUACCUCAUUUGGGCUGGAAAUAAUAUAACUGUCCAUAAAACAAAUCAUUGCUGUGUUUUCGGUCUCGUUGAAUAAAAUGCAAACGAAAUGACUUACUAGCCACAGUAUAUCCCCGACACAACCUACAUUCACAAACGAUAGUUGUUUAGAAAUUGAAAAAAAAUUGAGACUCUAAUUUAAUUAUACGUAUUAUGUGAUGUUUUGGGAUUCUUAUAGUUUCUAUUAUAUAAUAAUUGGGAUCAUAGAGAAAAGAAAAUGACAAAACAAAAAGGACAAAGGAAAAAGAAUCGAAUCUCACUCAUUUUCAGGUAAGAUUUACUUAGCUCGCUCCUUGCUCGCGGAGCGGCAUACCAAUAAAAAGAAAAGCGUUAUCGGAUUGGAAUCGAUGACUUAAGCCUCUUUCUUAAGGGCCUUUAAAGACCGGCCAUUAUCGGACUCUUCUUAUGCUUUUUUUUUCACCGGGCUUGGAUCGAGGAAAGCAGGCUUGACAGGCCCGAGUCUUCAUUUGUAGGACUUUGUGGGAUGGGCCCGUGCAUGUAGGCUUGGGUCUUCUUAACGUGCGUCAUUUGACGACUCAGUGCAUGGAUGUCAUGAGUCCAUUGGCAUAGGCUUAGGCCUAUUUUGUAAGUGGGCAGUCUUUGGCAGGCCUGGAGAUUCAAUUAAGGGGAGCAGUCUAAUAAAUCGACUGUUGGUGGCAUCACGCUAUCUUAGAUUAGGGAUGAUAAUUCAAUAUAUCGGAAAGACGCUAGGCAAAAAGGUUAGUAAGAAUAGGAAUUGUUAGAUUUCCUGUAUCGGAGAGAGAAGCUGAGUCGGGAUGAGGGAAUUGUUUCUAUGCUUUUCUCAGAUAAUGCGGGUUAAGAGUGAAGCUAUCGCGCCUAAGGCGAAAGGCUCUGUUCGGCUCGAUAGGUGGCAGGCUCAGAACAAGAGGAUAAAGACAAGGGGGAAGUUUAGUUAUUAAGUUCCUUUAUUAAGGUAAGGAUAAGAUAAAGAGAGGAAAUAUAUAUAUAUAACUAUUAUUUAGUUAGACUAGUGACCAAUAGCUAAAGAAAGUGAAAGAAGUAGAAUCAAGCCAUUCAUCUGAAAAAAGCUUUUUGCUUUAUUUAAAACUUCUCGAACUAGAAAGAGAAGCCCUUUUCAGCAGGCUUCCAGGUUCGCAACUAUACUCGUCUCUUACUUUCCCAGCGGAAAGCCAGAUAGAACUUUGACUAGAGCAAAAACCCGGAGCUUGACUUUAACUGGAAGAGCAGAGCAUAAAGCGCCUACUUGACGAGCAGGAGCAGCGAAUAAAGACAGACUUCCACACGGGAGGAAGUUCUGUUCUCUUUAUGAGAAAGGCAGAUACAAAUGUUGAAAGAACUUUCAUUUAACUAAGCUUUCUUACUUUCAACUUUCAGUACAGGUCUCUCCUCUAUCUAGUAAUCUCGGACGCUGUUGGUGCUUUAUGUUGUCCGUGGGAAGGCAGUGGAAGAGAAAGAAAGUAGCUGCGAUUGCUUGAAAAAAAUCAGUUGAAUCAUCAGGUGGGAUAAAAGGAAAGAGUGUACCUGCGCCGCUCGAUGAUCGGAUGCGCAAUCUUCCAGCUUCAGGGGCUUGAUCAGGAUUCGAGGAUGCU